AUGAAGUAUUAGACAUUUGAAAUAGACGAUGACGAUACUUUAUUUGAAAAUAGAGAUGGAUCGAUAAUACAGCGUACCUUUUGCUGAUUACAACACUAGUCGAACCAUAUUCAAAUGAUACCCAAAUACAUAUUACUCAUAGAAAUGUUGAAAGUGAUGAAGAAGGUUCCUAAGCUGAUUCUCUAGAUGAGUAGAUUGGUUAAGCCAUUCCUUCUCUUGUUAAUUCUAUUCUUGAAAUGAUGCUCAAAUAACAACUCAUUAUUCUCGUUAUAGUCAUCCUUCAUGCUAUACUUAAUUCUAUCUUUACAUUCUUAGGAAUGUAUUUUAGAUAAGAUACUAUUAAUAAGCUAUAAACACUAUUGGAUUCUCAAGAUAGAGCUGAAUAAUUAUAUUGGUUUCUAACUGUCAUUGACAUUAUCAGCUGUCUUAUCUUCUAUUAUUUGGCUAUAUCUGCUUAUAGAACCAAAUCAUAUCUAAUGUAUCAAUUCCUACUCAAAUGGGUCUAUUAUUGUUUCUUUAUUCAAGUAUUUUUAGCGUACAUUAAUAAGUAAUUUUAAUUAUCUCACUUUUAGAUUGAACUUUUUAUUAGUAUUUCUGAAAAUAUUAACCUAUAUUUACUCUAAGUUUGUAGCAUAAUUAAUUAAAGGUAUUGUAAAUUUACCAAGAUAAAGAGCAGAUUGA